GGAGUUAAAGGAGGGGAGAGCUUCUCCCCUCCUUCUGAUCCCCCAAUUUGUCUGUAUUUAUUUUAUAAGGGUGGGGACCCUAUUAAGUCCCAUUCAGGCAGGGGCAAAGGAAAAAACCAAAUUGCAAUUGCAAUGGGUGCUGCGAACUGUGAAGAUGAAGACUUAGAGUUCAAGCUCAUCUUUGGAGAGGAAGAGAAAGACACUCCGGCUAUGGGGGUCCCCUUGGAAGACCUGGAUGCGGACAACCUCCCUGUCUAUUGUUCACUUACUCUGGGAGACCCACCACCCUAUGCCUCUCCUCUAAACAUCCCAUGUCCACUGCAUCUUGGUGGGAACCGUGCUGGCAUGCAUUCUCCUCCUCCCCGUCCGGCUGAUUUGGAUGGUGACACUUUUGAAAGCCAGCCAGCCCGGAGAGUACGUCUAGGAGGUUCCCGGGUGCUGGAGUGCCCCAGCAUUCAGAUCACGACCAUUUCCCCAAGCCGACGGGGUGAGGAAGAUGACUGGGACUCUUCCCCUCGAGAUUAUCUCCUCUUGGAGGCUUUUGGAGGCUACCGGGAAACAUCUCCAUCAUCUGGUUUCUUCACACCGAGUCCAGCCAGCAGUGGUAGUGUCUCUCCCUGGAGCUUUUUUUCAGACGAUGAGGCCCCCGCUGGAGAUGAUGUGGAGCAUGAGCUAAAUGAAGCAGCUGCCCGUUUUGCCCUUAGUUCUCCUUUGGGUUCUCCACGGGGAUCUCCUAAACCGUGGUCAUCUGCUGAUGAAUCUUGGCCGGGCUACGGGGUCAACUACUCUCCAAGCCGGGGAGCAGAGGAUGGGUGGAUGCUUCUGGGCCCUCGACCGGCUUCACCUUGUGGCAAACGGCGCUACUCCAGCUCUGAAACGCACUCCUCUACUUCUCCAUGCUUGUCCCGGAGAGGCAGCCUUGGUGAGGAUGUCCCAGGAGAAUGCGUGGAGUCAAGUGGUGAUGUAGCUACCUUCAACUCUAAUGGAGCCCGACUGGUUGAAAGCAUACCCCAGAAAGCUCGGAAGACUUCGACGGAGCAGACGGUGGCCCUGACCCGGAAAGAGGAAGGGAAUUGUAAUGGAGAGGAUGGAGGCACCGGCUUUGGACUUGGAGUGGCCCGGAAAGAAGGGAUGGAUUACCUCGCUGUACCUUCACCAUUGGCCUGGUCUAAGGCUCGUAUUGGAGGCCACAGCCCCAUAUUCAGGUCUUCUGCUCUCCCACCUCUGGAUUGGCCUCUCCCCAGUCAAUACGAACAGUAUGAACUGAAGAUUGAAGUGCAGCCCCGAACUCACCACCGAGCCCAUUAUGAGACGGAGGGCAGCAGGGGUGCAGUGAAGGCUGCGCCUGGAGGACAUCCGGUGGUGAAGCUUACAGGCUACGAUGAGAAACCUCUUACCUUGCAAAUGUUCAUCGGAACAGCAGAUGAGCGGAACCUGCGUCCCCAUGCCUUCUACCAGGUGCACCGCAUCACGGGCAAGAUGGUGGCUACCACCAGUUAUGAAUCCAUCAUCAGUGGUACCAAGGUCCUUGAGAUGUCCCUGCUGCCUGAGAACAACAUGGCUGCCAACAUCGACUGUGCUGGGAUCUUGAAGUUGCGGAAUUCAGACAUCGAGCUGCGCAAGGGCGAGACGGACAUUGGGCGGAAAAACACACGAGUGCGCUUGGUCUUCCGGGUCCAUGUGCCACAAGGGAAUGGCAAGGUGGUCUCUAUCCAGACGGCCUCAGUGCCCAUCGAGUGCUCCCAGCGCUCAGCUCAAGAGCUCCCUCAAGUGGAAAACUACAACCUCAGUGCCUGCUCUGUCCACGGUGGGGAGGAGAUGGUGGUCACCGGUGCGAAUUUCCUGCCUGAAUCCAAGGUUGUCUUCAUUGAACGCGGCCCUGAUGGAAAACUCCAAUGGGAAGAGGAGGCAAACGUGAAUCGGUUGAAAAGUACAGAGGCCUCUCUGACCCUCACAGUCCCGGAAUACAACAACAAGCGAGUGUCACGACCUGUUCAGGCAUAUUUUUACGUUUCCAAUGGACGCCGGAAAAGGAGCCCAGCUCAGGCAUUCAAAUAUUUACCUGUGAUCUUCAAAGAAGAACCUCUGCAAGACUCCCCACACCGUAGUUUCUCCCAUGUCUCUCCAAGCGCUCAUUUCCCACCACAGUCAGGCCAGGGACCUAUGGAUUUUGCCCCCUCUGGGCCACCCUUCCCUUAUGGCCCUGACCAUUCUCCACCCUGUUCUCCUUAUGGUUCCGAGUGGAGUUCAUGCUCAUUCCCAGCACCACCUCGCUACAGCCCUACCUUCCGUUUCCCCACCAAUGAGGCCUACAGGGGGCCUAAUCUUUCUGUUCCCCUCCUCACUCCACCAAGCCUGCCCCACUUCCAUGCUCUGGAUUGCCGCCCACCUCACUUCCAGCCCCCCAGCUCACAGCUUGCCCCUCAACCACCAGGGCAGGCAGAAACAUGUGGCAGGGAGAGGACUUCAGAAUGGACAGAUCCUGAACCAAGGUCUGAGGAACAUGGCACCAAGGAGAAGUCAGGGUUUGGUGGUGGUUUCCAGAAUAAUUUGCCCAUCCAUGGGAUCACACUGGAGGAAGUAACCGAGAUCAUCGGCAGGGACUUGAGCGACUUCCCCGAGCCGCCCUGUGAAGGAGGCCGGAGUUGAAAAACCACUGCAUCCCAGGACUCUCAUAUCUUCAAAUUAAUUGGAAGCUUGUCUUGCCAGAGGAAAGUCAGCGACAUCGAGAGAUUACCCUAAACAACUAUCAUGCUGGUUUAUGGGGACCCUGAUAUUUAUACAUGAGUUUUCUACUUAUUCUUUCAUGUGUUCUUCCUUUUUGUUUCUGCUGGUGCUUCCAUAAGAUGAUGCUUCCAUAAAAUGUAGCAUAUCUCAGAAUAACCAGGAUGGAUAAAAGCAGGGGCUCCCUUUGCCAAAUCUUCUUCCUCCAUCAACAGGGCUCUUAAGAGCCACCAUUGUUCUGUUCCAUAUUUUUCACCUGUUGUCACUCUACAGCAUCUGAGCAUCAAGAGAGAUGCUGGACUCUGGACCAAAAGUGGGCUUGCACAACUGACUCUUAUGGUACCUGAGUCUUUAUUCCAACCCCUUCAGUCAUCAUCCCCUUUAAAUCCUUCUAUAUCGUAUGGCAGUGGAUUCAAGUGCUAACCUUUCCCAGCAUGGUUGCCUGAGUAAAACCUUCCAUCCACAGGAUUGUUGCAUCUAUCUGUAUAACUAUCUGGCCUUUUCUCUGCUACUCCCUCUUUCUGUCCUUUCCCACACAUUAUCACCAUGCCAUCCACUCUGUCCUUCCAUCCAAACCACCUUUCAUUUUUAUUUGGCCUUUUCUGUAAUAUUGAGAGUUUCAUCUUCCACUAUCAUAGCUUGGCAAGUUCUUCUUGGUGGUGUAAGCCAUUGUGCCUAAAAGCUGUGGUUUUCAAAUGGUGGGACCCUUGGGGUCUUUGCAAUGUUGGCUCCUUGAUAAGAAUGUUGAGAAUAUUUGCAAAAUUUCUAGCCCCCAGUGACAAAAAGUGUGUUGACACAUUGAGAAGCUCUGCUGAGAAAAUGAUCAACUAUCAUAAGUUUUAUUCUGCACAAAAUUAAUGUUGGGUUUUCUUGUACAGAAAAUAGCUUUUCUGCUUAAAAAAAGAAGGUGAAUUUUCCCCAGAAUAUGAUCAUAACUAUAGCAUUUUCUGCACAGACAAUUCUGUUUUUUGCACAGGGAUAUUAUUUUCUGUGCAAGAAUCCCAUGUGCUAAAUUUGCACAGAACAAGUCCCAAAUUGUAAAUGGUUUUCAAAAACUUCAGCAGAAAGAAUUGCAUCCCUACAUAGGACAAUAAUGAGUAGUCAUGGCCACCAUUGCUGAAUAUGUUCUCUUGUUUGUGCAGAUUAUAGGAAAUUGCCCUAAAUGUAAGUACAAAUUUAGCAACUUUUUUUUUAAAAAAAGAAAAAGGUUUACAAGAUUACUCUGACAGCUGAGUUUCUUCUAGUUUCUAAAAACAGAAACUAGCCACCAAUGCAAGUAGAAAGCACAGCUCCUAGUACACAUGUUGAAAAUACUGAUAUGUCUCUGAAGGUCUGUCACUUUUCUGAUAGCUUGUAUAUGGUGUCUGGAGGAUUUGGACAGUACUUUCUACCUGCUUCAGCAGCCCAUUUCUGUAAAAGAUAAUACCUCGAAGAUGUGUGAUUUCAUCUGUGCACAUGGUCCCUCCAACCGUGUACAUUGCAACUGUUCCCACUGUGAUCAUGUGUUUGUAGUUGCUGUGGCCAGCGAGGCACCAUAGCCAGAUUUCUGUUGGAAGCCUCUCCAUGCUUAGCUAGGAUGGUCCUCAGAUGGCAGACAUGCAGUCUAUCAGUGUAUCCCUGCACUAGUCAAAAACCUUGCCAGCCUUGCCAGCUUGGCAGAAUCUGGAAUAGUUUGUGCUCCACUGGCAUAACCUUUGAGAAUCCAGGGUCACCACACCACACUAGGUUAACACCUUGUGAAGGUAAAUACAAGCUGAGUCUCCAGCAUCCAGAAUUCCAAAAUCUGAAAUCCCCCCCAAACCAAAACUUCUUAAUUGGUGGCUGAGGUAGCGACAGCUUUGCCUUUUGAUUGUUCAGUGUACACAAGCUUUGUUUCAUGCACAAAAUUAUUCAAAAUACUUCAUGCUAUGUGGAUAAGGUGUACUGGAAACAUACAUGAAUUUUGCAUUCAGACUUGGGUCUCAUCUCCAAGAUAUCUCAUUAUGUACGUAUAUGCAAAUACAGGUACUCCAAAAUCCAACCCAUCCACUCCCAUCCAAAAUACAUCUGGUAUCACACAUUUCAGAUGAAGAAGAUUCAGCCUGUAGUAAUAACCAUAAAAUUAAAAGAGAAAUUCAGUGUGUGGGCCACUGGGUCAUCUUUUCGGCAACCUGAGAGGCUCACAUAGCAAAGUUGUUCCUAAUCGAUUCAUGCAUGAACUUGAGAGAAGCAAAUCAAGUGAGUUGCUUUGGGAUUGUGUCUCCAUGCCCGCAGGACAAAGAAUUUGCUCUGAUUUUUAGUCCAAAUUUUAAAGGCACUGUCCCAGGUACUGAAGCUUUUGAGGUGGUUUGAUUCAGCCCCUUGGACAGUGCUUUGAAAUUUACGAUAGACUGGAAGAACCCUUUAAUUCUUCUUGCAUUUCUCUUUUCCCACAUUAAGUGACUUAUGUUGACGAAGCAUACACACUGGAACACAUCUUGGCAUCUUUUUCUUGCUUGUGUUCCUUGGCUGAUACCUUGAAACUGCUAGGUAGCGAUUCUGUUUGGAAAUGAUUGCUUAAACCUGUUUUUCACUUCAUACAGCACUCUCACCCUGACAGAUCCCUUCUUCUGUGCCAUCUUUUGUGGUGCAUUGAUCCUUCUGAAAAACAAUUGCAGUUAGUCUCCUGUCCUCAUCCUUGCCAGUCUCACUGUUCCAGAUGUGCUUGAGUUGCCUUAACAUGAGGGUGUUCUUUCUAAGAUAAGCUGUUGUUCAGUAAAAGAAAGAUUUGACACCAGAGGGAAAGGAACUGGACCAACAUUUUUGGCUUUUUGUUUAGGCAUACAAGCAUGUAAGUGGGUGGAAUUUUAUCACCAUCUGGUAGCACAAAACUUACAGUCAGCCCUCCAUAUCUAUAAAAAUAUUUAUAUAAAUUCCAAAAAAGCAAACCUUGAUUUUGUCAUUUUACAUAAGGGACAUCAAUUUAUUAUGCCAUUGUAUUUAAUGGGAUUGAGCAUCCAUGGAUUUAGGUAUCCACAGGGGUCUUAAAACCAAACCCCAGUGGAUACCAAGACUUACUUUUUUUUUUAGUACAACUUAACCUGUGUUCCCCCCAGGUUUGCUGCAUCCUGCUUACAAGAUGCAGGAUCAAACCCCCAAAUCAGGUCUGGGCUGUCUUCACGAUGUCUGCACCUAAUUUGGGGCCUCCUCCCCAUAAGCCAUAUUUUAAUAACUCCCCCUUUGCUGAAGGUUUUCAGAGGAGUUUCAGCAACAAUGGGUGGCUGCCUCUUUACUUGUAGUCCUUGUUCAUCACCUGGUGCUGCUAUUGUGGGUGCGAGUCACUCUGAGGUCAGAACAAGGUGCCCAGUGGUUAGGUGCCUUGUUUUGACCUCAGCGGUGGCACCAGGUGCUGAAUGGGGACCAUGUGUGGGAAGGCAACUAACACUGUCGUUGGGAAAAGAGACCACAAUACUCCAGGAAUAUAGUAUUCUGGCAAACACCAUGUCAGUGGAGUGUGUAAUCCUCUGCAUCUUUGGGCAAACUUUAAAGGAGCUAUCCAAAUGCUGACCCUAUUCCCCAGAAUAGCUUUUAAGCACCUCACUUUCAAGUUCAGACUAAAAGCUGGAGCAGGUUCACCACCUCAUUGACAUACGGACCUCCAACCACCAUCAUAUUUCUGCUGCCUUGAGUGAAUGGCUUGAAAUAUCAUUUUUUAACUGUUUAUGGCUUCACCUUUUCACACUACACUGUUAUGGCACUAUGAUUCCUCUCUAAUUCCCAU